GGAUUGAUGUGGUUUCUUGCGCGAAUCGUAGUGUUUGGUGAUCGUAGUUUAUGAAGUGUUAAUAAUCAUGAAUAAGGUGUUUUAUGGCAAAUUGAUAUCUCAGAUGACUAUAGUUAUUAUUGUUAUAUGAUGACUUUUCGAUCGUUUUUGAAAAAAUAUAUAGCAUAAAGCCAUUUUCUGAUCUUGUUUGUAUUCAAAUUUGGGGACGAAUCGAGACUGAAGAAUCGAACAUAUACAGGAAAUAAAACUGCAACGGAUAAAUCAUUGGAAAGAGGUGUGAUGUGUCUGCUUGAGAGGCAGGCCUAUCUACCACCCCUAUGCCAUGGUCACCACGCUGCAUUUUGCCAUUAUGGUUUCCUGAAGGUCAUGCAAUAGAACACUUACAAAAAUGGGAUGGUAGAGACGGUCAACUAGCAAGCUGUUGAUUGUAAUGCUUUUGGCAAGGACGAGUGAAUAUUUUUGGCCUUGUGAUUACCUGAGAAAAAGAGAAGAGUUUAGUUUUUGUUGUUUUUUAUUUUAUGAAGUCCGUUUUUUGAGAAAGUUAAAUCUUGAACAAAUUUUAUGGAAAUAAGUAAAGUGGCCUGUGCUUCAUUAAACUCAGCUGUUCAAAGAGUUGACUAUGUUAUUGUUGUUAAGUGGAAACUAUUGCGUCAUACUAUUGUGAGAAAAAGGAAGAAAAGAAACAGCACCUGCCAAAGUCAACAAUUGCCUUUAUGUAAAUUCUUUCUCCUGUUGGAACAAGUACAAGAUAGAUAUAUGUAAGCAACAGAGUAUACAUAUUGCGUGUGGGAGUGCUUCCAAUUCUUUCUCGAGUGCCUUACUGAAAAGUGUUAUCAAAUGCAUGUAUAGUGUUGAAAACUAGUAAAAGUUUUUUGCUGUUAGAAGAGUGUUACAAAAUUAUUACAAAUUAGAAGUAGAGAACGUUUCCCCCCUCAAGAGAAUAGUUUAUAUUUUGUGACCAAACAGAUAAUUUAGAUAUUUUUGUAGUAGCCUAGUGAAAGAAUAGAGAAAUUAACUUUCCUUAUGUGACAAGUGGAUUGUGAUAAAUGAAAAGACUAUAUAUGAAUAUAUAUAUAAACUUUUUUACCCUGGAAGUAUAUAGGGAUUGAAAACUGACCAAGUUCUAGACAACUAUGAAUUGUUUCAGUCUUUGACAAAGUUCAUCAUCUGGAAGUUUUUUUAGAAAAUAAAGCUGGGGAGUACUUUAUUGAAAGAAAAAUAGAAAAGAUAGCUAUAAAGGGGAAGGAUUCGCAAAAAUCAGAGAGACUCUUGAGGGAAAAGAAACAAGGAACAGAUCACAUUUACCGGCCAGAGACUCUUCCUCUGAACUCUUCUGGUUGGAACUGAGUGUCAACAGCACAGCAAGAUGAGUCUGAAACGCAUCCGCCGGCGGUUGUCUCAGACCUUCACCCGCUUCCAUGACGGCAGCCUAACGGAGCUAGCCGAGCACCUCACCAUCGAUGAGAAUGGAGGCAUCAGAGAGAAUGGUGUGGUGCACGAGGUACCAAGGAUAGGGAGUGAUGGCGAGAGCGAAGAAGCUUCAGGAGCCAGCGAUGAGGUCACCUCUCCUGUCAACGUCAAACUCAGGCAGAAAAAUCGGCGUAUCACACAAGAGGACAUCAACAAACGCUUAUCGCUGCCGGCGGACCUGCGGGUGCCCGACGCCUUCCUCCAGAAGACGGCCAUCAGCCCCGACGGGCCUCUCAGCAGGGCCUCGCGGAGACAAUCCCUCUCGGAGAUCGGCUUCGGGCGCAUGGAAACCUACACCAAGCUCGAUAAGUUAGGAGAGGGUACAUAUGCAACUGUGUACAAAGGACGGUCCCGACUAACAGACGCGUUAGUAGCCCUGAAAGAAAUUCGUCUGGAGCACGAGGAAGGUGCACCAUGUACAGCCAUCAGGGAAGUGUCACUUCUCAAGGAACUUAAACAUGCAAAUAUUGUGACGUUACAUGAUAUUGUUCAUACAGACAAGAGUUUAACUCUUGUAUUUGAAUAUUUAGACCGGGAUCUCAAACAGUAUAUGGAUGAAUGUGGAGCACAAUUAUCAAUGAAUAAUGUUAAGAUCUUCCUGUUCCAACUGCUUCGAGGGUUAGCCUAUUGCCACCAGCGGCGAGUCCUUCACCGCGACCUCAAGCCUCAGAACCUUCUCAUCAAUGACAAGGGAGAACUCAAGCUGGCAGACUUUGGCUUGGCACGUGCCAAGUCAGUGCCAACCAAGACAUACAGUAACGAAGUAGUGACGUUGUGGUAUCGGCCUCCGGAUGUACUACUAGGCUCAACAGAAUAUUCAACACAAAUUGAUAUGUGGGGAGUUGGAUGCAUCAUGUACGAGAUGAUCAGCGGACGACCACUCUUCCCAGGUGCCACAGUUGAAGAUGAACUCCACCUAAUAUUCCGAACCUUGGGCACCCCUACAGAAGCCACCUGGCCUGGCAUUAGCACCAAUGAAGAUUUCAAUCAGUAUUCUUUCUCGUCUUAUGCUGGAGAACCGUUGCUAGCCCGAGCACCAAGACUUGCCCAUGAUUCUGCUGUCGGACUUUUAACGAAGUUCCUCUUGUAUGAAGCCAAGAAGAGGAUUUCUGCAGCAGCAGCACUAAAACACUCAUUCUUCGAGUCUUUAGGUCACACAGUUCAUACACUCAAAGACCAGGAUUCCAUCUUCUCGUGUCCAGGAGUGAUGCUAACACGCGACCACAACUACAAAGUAACGAAUGGUAGUCAGGCCAAGACGCGGCGCCAGAGUAUGCACUUCUGAGCCCUGCCCAAGAUUCCUUCCCAUCAGUUUUGGUUUAAGACCCAGUCUGAAGACAGUCAAUCACAAAAAAAAUAGCAAGGGUCUGGACGUAGAAACCUUGGAAAGAAGCUGGUCAAGAAAAGGGCCGAGAUGAUGCUGUUUGUGCGAUGUAAAUUUUGACGGAAAUGUACUAUAACCAUUCCUGAAGAAACACUAAAUGAUGUCAUGGAUUCCUCAGCAACCAGGAAGCUCUGCGUACAUUUGAAACACCUUGCUGUCUAUUGUAACUCAAGUUGAUCAGGAACGCUUCCAUUGUCACUGGCAAUGGAGUGAUGCUUCUAUCAUACAAGUCCCUUUUUUCUUUUGUUUUGAUAAGGUGAUUUUUUGGAGGGCAUAGGUGUGUUUACGACUGUGUCAAGUAAUAUGUAUCUUUGCCAGUUUAGACAGGGUUUCUAGAACCUUUAGUUGUAAUAGUGUAAUAUUUCAAUCAUGUUUAGAAAUUCAAUCUUUCAACUUCUAUUCUGUUAGAUAUUAAUCAAAACACACUCUGCAAAAUUUAGUGUAGUUUCAUCAGGUAUACCUAUGGUUCUCAAAUUAAUCACCUUGCCAUAAAGUUGGUCAUAAAAGUAUGAAAGGUAGUUAUCUGCUGGUCAGAAUUGCAACUGCCACUUCCAUAGUAAUGGACUCUUCACUUGGAGGAAGAGGCUUUCCAGUAUACCAUAUGACCAAACUCCUGAUCAUAUUAGGUUUUGCUCUACAGGAUAUCUGCAUAGAUGCAGUUUUACUGAACUCUGUGAUGAUUCGCUCAAUAUAACUUGGAAAUUUAACAUUGUAAUGGCUACCUGUUCCAAUUGUAAGAAGAAAAAAAAAUUAAAGAUAGAAAUCAUUGACUUUCUAAUGUGGAUGAUGACAUAUCAUAGAGAAGAAUGAAUGCCAAUGAAACGGCUGGUGGAAAUACCACAGGCUGGUGACUGGAGAAUAAGGAAGGUUUAUCAGUGUUGAGCAUAUUACAGGGAUAUAGAUCUCCUCAUCAAUUCUGAAGCAGGAAAUCUGUGAUUGGGUUACAUAAAAGGCAAGUUACAAUUGUGCCCCAUUACUCUCUAGCUUCCCAUCUCUUGUUUUAACUAUGUGCAAUGUAUUGUACUUCAUUUCAUAGAGUUGGAUACUUUUGCAGUUUCUGUGCAGAGUAUCUCUCAUUUUUUUCAUUUUGUAUGGUUGCCAUAUAGGCUCUUCCUAAGUAGUUAUUAAUAUGUUAAAGAUUAUGUGAUAUAAAACUUAAUAAUUUUUGAAGUUCUUGGUUAUAUGACACCUCUACAUUUAUUUUGAUACAUGAUACUCUAUCCUAAUACAGAAACUUUUUACCCAACAUUUUCUUGCUGAAAAUUCCAGUUCAGUAGAUUGUUUUGUACCUGAUGAAAUCUCAAUGUUUGUACCGGUGAGGUGGUACACAAACCUCUCCCUGGUUGUCAUCAGGCGCACCUCACUUGCAAUAACUCUUGGGUUGUUUUAGUUACAUGGAGGUUUGGGUCAAGUUGUGAUGAAGAGGAACCCGUAGAGACUGCACAUUCUUUCAUGGGGAAUUUAGUACUUGUGUAACCCAUAGAAAGGAAAAUGUUUUUGCUGGGGAGUAUCUCAUUCUGCAACUCAUGACAGUAAGAAAUGAUUCUGCUACAUCACCUUGAUGGAGAAGAGGGUGUCGUCUUAAUACCGAUGACUUUAAAUAACCCACAAGCAUUCCAGUCUAUUAUUCUAUAUUUUUUCUUUCUUUGAGUAAAUGAAUUCCUUAAUACACACAAAGCAUUUAAUUCACCCUGUUUUUAGGAGUCAUUGCAAGUAUCGUUCAGUAUUUCUGGAGAGGUAUAUAUCAUGUUUUAAUCUUGUUAAUGUAUUUUUUCUUAAGCUAGAAUACAUGAAAUCUGACUUGAGCAAAGUUUGAGCCAACCUCUCCUUUUAACAUUCCUUAUGUGAUACAAUCCAAUAUUUGAAUAAAACAAUCGUGCUUUAUAUUUUUUUCCAAUUUGGGGAGCAAUUCACAGGCGUGAAAUCUGGUCUUGUUUGAUCAGAUCAGGGAGUCUAAGCCAAAGCAGUAGUUUAUAACCUGCUGUUUACUUUCUGUAGGAGGUUGAGCUACUUCAGAGGGUCAAAUGUACUGAUGAAAUAAAAAUUUUACUCUCUCUUUAUUUGAGGGAAUGAUUGACUUGAUCCAAAAUUGUGCAAGAUGUGUAAAGAAUUUCACCGAACAAAGAAAAACCUAACUAUUAAUUUGCCAUGUAUAUUUAGAACCGAACCGAUUCUAUUUUUGAACAGGUGUCAACUAUGACUAUAAUGUAUAUUUUCAACUAUUUCUAUCAUAGGUUGAAGAACAGCAUGACAUUGUGUCAAUGAUGUGUCCAAAAUGAUUAAAGAAAAUAAAACAUUA